UAAACUUUUUUUUUGCAUUUUAAAAAAUUUUUAAAUUUGUACAUAGCGGUUAUAAAAUAUAUAUAUUUAUAAGCAAGUAUUCAAAAUUGCAAGUUUUCACAAAAACAAAAAUACAUGUUUCAGUCACAACGAAGAGAAUAAAUUGGAUUUUAAAGAAGAACACAACAUUGUGCGAAUGUGUUUCAUUCAUUCAUAGUUCAUACUCGAGAAACGUUCAAGAAAUGUCCACUAUUUUUAGAGUUCGGUGGGAGGGUCCCAUUCUAAAAGUAGUUCCACGCACCAGAAGACAAGAGACACUGCUCGGCGAGCAAUAAAUCCACGUGAACAAGCGGCUCAAGGUGGUGCUCCCCCAAAUACUCAGUCUUUGCCAAUUUCUCAAAAUACGAUAAAGCGACCGACAGUUCCGUUUGGGUGUUCCAAUAAAAAACAUCUCUCGGCAGCCGUUUAUUGUUUAUUGUUUAAGUGAAUAAACGUAAUGGAUAAGAGGUCAAUGAGAUGGAUUAUCUGCCUUACUUUGUUUUCCACGGCUAUGGCAUUAGAGGAGGAAACCGGUGGAGGACUUUCUAACAUCACCAGCAAUCCUCCGGAAAGUGAAAGGGUGCCAAAAUUACCAAGUGAAGUUCAGAAAGCUGUUUGCACGGUGACUGCGGGUGAAGUAAAGGCCUCCGCCGAGGCAGUCACCACAAAAACCCUUAAAGGAGUUUGUGGAUCAGAUGAAAUGAACUUGGCAUUUCGGAAUCUGGAGAACAAACUUUACGAAGAGCUUCGUGUCAUGAAAUUGAUUUUGAUCCAUUUGGCAAAGGCAAAUGGCCUUAAAGUGAAUACCGCUUUUCCAACAGUAGCGCCAACUCCUUUUCCAUUGACUAAGCCCACAACUCCACCUCCGUCGCCAUUCUUAAAACCAAUAGACCCAACUACUAAUCUUAAACCUGAAGAAAAUGAAGUGGAUUCGGAUUUUGGUUCGAAGAAAACUCCCACUUUAAAGAAUCUGGAGACGAAUGGUAACUCAGAUUCAGGAGCUCGAGAAGAAGAAGUAGAUAAGUUCAAUAAUACCGUGCUGGCCGAUCAGGAUGUCAAGUUAUUCACAUACUACUGGAAGAUGGAAAACGUUACGGAUCUGAUCAAAGCGCCCAAAUUGGCCACCCUCAGCAGCCCAAUAUUUACCUUUAAAGGAAAAUCCUUGCAACUGAAAUGCACCUUUCAUCACAUGAAUCGCGAGCUGUUGAACUUGCAACUGGGCCAUGGCGUCUUCAAUCCGCACUCAAAACCUGGACAAAGCAACAACGUUUUACUAGAAAUGGACGGAAUCUUUCAGAAUGCCAAGUGGGCCGAAGAUGUGCCACUGAAGCAUAAGAUUUCCAUAUUGGAUCAAAAUCACAUCCACCGAAGGACACAGGACCUCAGUUCGCAGACGCUAAACAAGCUGGACAUGGGCUUCUCCAUUCCGAACAGCGUUCUUCUGGGCAGCACGUACAUUAAGCAGAAUGCUCUCUUGAUACAGAUUCUUUUAUAUUUGUGA